GCUUUGGCAACACCCGGUCAAAACGCCAGAUCUCCACUCUGCAACUGGGAGGGCAUGACCAAGCGCUUGGUGGCAAUCCGCCGGCUGCUGGGACAUAUCCCGUGAAGAGCAUCAGUUGGCUGGAACCGGAGGACCCUUCUCCCGAGGUUGUGGAUGAGGUGCCCGAUGAGACAUUCUGGGUCUGGAGCCCGGACGCAGACUUCUGGAGUCCGGACCUGCCAUCUGGGCCUGAGCCUCCGAACCCAAUCGAAAAGCCAAUCGACAACGCAGAUCUCACGGAGACAAGCGCGCACAACACGGACGAGGUCGUGGAAUCGAACACCACAGAACCUCAGUACGUGCAGGUCGUGUCAACGGUGUUUGAGUCCGAGAGCUCCAAGUACAAGCGGAGCCUGCACAAGCGUAGCGCGGCCAACUGGGACUUAGACGAGCUGGAGACUCACAGCGCUGCCGCCUUCCUCAUACCAAUUGCUGCAGGAUUCUUUCUCGGAAGCCCUGGCCCGAUCAGCACGGCCGCGCACAUGAUUGGACAGCUCACCCCGUUCAGCCAGCUCUUCUGCUUCAUGUUUGGGCAGCUCAUAUCCAUCUUUCCCUUGGUUUCGGUCGUCACCUGGGUUUCCCAUUGCCACCAGCGCCGAAAGGGCCGCUCCAUACUGACGAUACCCUGCGCCGUGUGGAGAGGCUACGUCACAGCGUGCCGCGAGCGACGGAAGGCGGUGCUCUGUGACGCCUUCGCCGGCUGUUGCGUCGGGACGGGACAGUUCCUUUUCCUUGUAGGUUCACCAGUCGUCUCCAAAGCGGUCGGCUUCAUGUUUGGAACUUCGAGCCUGCUCCUGUCGGUUCUCAUGGGCAUCGUGGUUUUCAAG